AUGUCCUACGUUAAGGUGCCAUCGGACAUUACAAUUCUGGAGCACAAGUAUGCGAGAAAGAAUGAAAAGAGAAGAAUCAAUAUUUUUAAGAGGCUGUUUAUCCAUUUUUCCUUUUUCACCAUUGGAAAUAACUGCAAUAAAUUAAACAGCCAUGAUGUGAUUAAGGUUCUUUCGAAUGUGUAUGAAAAUGAUCCAAGUGAAAGUAAAAAUGUGAACUCAGUUAAUAUUAUCAACAUUUUAAAUACAAGACAGAGGGAUAUCGAGAAGCAGGUCCAGUGCAAGUUGUGCUCCUUUCUGGGCUUCCUGCUGUUGCCCUUGUACUGUCUAAACAAAUUCAAGUACUACGAUGCGAAGAGCAAAAUGAUCGUCGCACCUUUUUUUUCCAUCGCGGGGAUUUACCUAGGCUCCUUCCUCGGGAACGUGGCGACUGGCAGAUUUUCGGACUACAAACGGUCGAAGUUUCUUGGGACAUUACCCGCACACGUUUUUUUGAAGGAGUGA